AUGAGGGGAGCAGAUGUUGGCAGUGACCAUACACUCGUCAUAGCCAAGUUGAAGUUAAAGUUGAGCAGAGUCAAAGAAAAGGAGAACAAAGAAAUCCACGCCUUGAUAGACGUGAAGAGACAUGCUAAAGCAGACAAGAGGAAAUUUAAUGGCGAUCUGGCAACUGAAGCCGAAGAUGCAGCUGCACGGCAAGAUGUGGGCACGCUGUAUAAAAUCACAAAGGUAUUGGUAAGAGGAUUUACUUCCACAGAAGUUCCAGUGAAGAAUUUGCAAGGGGAAAUUGUUUCCACUGACGUAGAAAAACUGAGUUGUUGGAAAGAACACUUUGAGAGAGUACUCAACAGUGCGGAUCCAUCCACUGAAGCAGUUAUCGCUCCUGCAGAAAUCCCACUUGACAUCAAUACAGAGCCACCAACUAUGCAAGAGAUCAGACAGGCCACCAAGAAGUUAAAGAAUGGAAAAGCCCCAGGUAUAGACAGGAUAAAAGCAGAGUUGCUUAAAGCGAAGGAACAGAUAACUCCUACAGUACUUGCUAGUAUACUCCGGAAAGUAUGGAUCUCAGAAACAGCACUUGCGGAUUGGAAGGUGGGGCUAUUAGUGAAACUGCCGAAAAAAAGGGACCAUACAGACUGCAACAAUUGGAGAGGUAUAAUGCUGCUGUCAAUGACCAGUAAGAUCUUUGGCAGAAUAGUGCUUGACAGUAUUUCAGCUAGUGUAGAUGAACUGCUGCGGAAAAACCAAGCCGGUUUCAGGAAGGGUAAGUCAUGUUCAGAUCAGAUUUUCAGACUUGGACAAAUCACAGAGCAAAGUCACGAGUGGGACGCAACCGUUAUUGACUUCCAGAAAGCAUUCGAUAGCGUGAACAAGCUAACAUUAUGGAGGAUUUUAGCCUAUUAUGGAAUCUCAGACAAGAUUAUCUCUGUCAUCAAGAUGCUUUAUUCAGAUUUUAGUGCUAAAACACCGAUGGGACGUAGAAAAAGAGGUCGACCAAAAGAGACAUGGCGCCGGUCAGUUGAAAAGGAGAUGAGAAAGGAUAAUUGGAGCUGGGUCCAGGUGCGGACAUGGUCAAAGGACCGGGUGCAUUGGCGAGCUUUGGUGGAGGCCUUAUGCGCCCAUAUGCGCGAAGAGGAUUAA